UCGGAUCCCAUUCCCACUGACGGAGCUACUCCUACGUGGCAACCCGAGCUCGAGCACUCGGGGGCCGACGGCUUCGCUCCCGUGCUCCUCCUCCGCCCCCAAAACAGCCGCGUCUGCCGGCGAUCCGCCCAGCCUCCUGUCCGGCCGGGGACUUCUUCGUGGGGGCGGCUACCUUCUUAAGGGGUACGUCAGCCGCACACCAUCCCGCGAGCCCAAUCGAUUAGGGCGCCACCGCGCUUCCCCACGCCGCGGAAUUUGCGGCCCCGCGAGGGAUUCACGCCCUCUCCGAUACUGCUACUAUCCGCCUGCUGUGUUUACUAAAUCCAUGGCUGUAGCGUUGUAGGUAGUUGGUGCGGCAGUAGGGAAUUUGGAAAUCGCUUCCAAAAUCCUCUUCAAAUUGGCCUAAUACACUAUAGCUUUCCGCACUAAGAAGUGAAAUAUUUCAGUAGGCAAAAGGUUCUCAGCGUUUCAUCACAAUUAUUGAAGAAAAACCUUCUCUAUUUCGUUCCAUAUGUUGCCAAUAUGUCUGGUUCAUUGUCUAUGACGUGCAAAACUGGUGAAUUGGAAGUGACCAACUUGAACGCGGUAACAAUGGAAGAGGUUCAAAACUGUGUGGUGAAGCUGCGGAGCAAUCCUAGGCGGCACAAGGAUAAAGUGUAUGUUGGCUGUGGGGCUGGAUUUGGAGGAGACAGGCCAAUGGCUGCUUUAAAAUUACUGCAGAGAGUCAAGGAGCUUAACUACCUAGUGCUCGAGUGUUUGGCAGAGCGGACUCUUGCAGAUCGUUUCCGAAUUAUGGUGUCGGGAGGCAAAGGAUAUGAUCCUCGAGUCAAAGAGUGGAUGUCUGUACUACUACCAUUGGCUUUUGAACGGAAAGUUUGCAUAAUAACUAACAUGGGUGCAAUGGAUCCUCUUGGAGCACAGAAAGAAGUACUGAACCUGGCAUCUAUUUUGGGACUGGAGAUAACAGUAGCUGUAGCUUAUGAAUCAUCCUUUAAAACUCAAGGAAUCCCUCUAUCAUCUGAUGAAUCAACAGGUGCUGGUGGGGGAAGAAGCACAUACCUUGGGGCAGCAUCCAUUGUACAUUGUUUGGAAAACUAUAAGCCACAUGUUGUCAUUACUUCUCGUGUUGCUGAUGCUGCGCUCUUCCUAGCACCUAUGAUCUAUGAAUUAGGUUGGAACUGGAAUGACAUGGAGGAGUUGGCACAAGGGACAUUAGCUAGCCAUCUUUUAGAAUGUGGCUGCCAACUCACUGGAGGAUAUUUCAUGCACCCUGGAGAUGAGUAUAGGGAUUUUUCUUUUGAACAACUUGUGGAUUUGUCCCUUCCAUAUGCCGAAGUUAGUUAUGGAGGAGAAGUUAUUGUCGGUAAGGCAGUUGGCAGCGGUGGUCUUUUGAGCCACAGUACUUGUUCAGAACAGCUUCUUUAUGAAGUUGGAGACCCAGCAAACUACAUUACUCCUGAUCUGGUUGUAGAUUUCUGUAAUGUGCAGUUUCACCAAAUAUCAAAAGACAAGGUCCAAUGUGAAGGGGCGAAACCAUCUGAUGCUUGUCGCCCUGAGAAACUCCUCCAGUUAUCUCCUACUGAAGGUGGAUGGAAAGGCUGGGGUGAAAUAUCUUAUGGGGGGCAUCAAUGCUUAAAGCGAGCUCAAGCCGCAGAAUACCUUGUUAGGUCGUGGAUGGGUGAAACAUAUGCUGACAUUGAUGAAAAAAUUGUUUCAUACAUCAUGGGCUAUGAUAGUUUGAAAGCUAUAGGAAGUGAUAAGGAUAGUUACUUGUGCAAGCAAGUAAUAGAUGCUAGACUUCGGAUGGAUGGCCUCUUUGAGCUUGAAGAGCAUGCUGUUCAGUUUGUUGAAGAAUUUAUUGCACUAUAUACAAAUGGUCCAGCUGGUGGUGGCGGCAUCAGCACUGGACAGAGGAAGGAACUAAUUCUACAAAAGAUGCUGGUUGACAGGGAAAACAUCUUCUGGCAAGCGCAUGCAAAGAAGGCUAGCAUUCGUUGCCUGCAGAAUCAGGCCAUGGAUUCUGAAACGGUUCAGAUGCAUAUCUUACAGACACAAAAGAACCCAACAAGUCGCGCAAUGUGCAGUCAACACAUUAACACAAGCAUGGGGACACAACCAUCCCCUGUCCGCGCUUCACCUGGGAAAAAGAUCGCCCUUUACCAUAUAGCCCACAGCAGAGUUGGUGAUAAAGGGAAUGAUAUUAACUUUUCUAUCAUUCCUCACUUCCCUGGUGACAUUGGUCGGCUUAGGGCAGUGAUUACUCCGGAUUGGGUGAAGAAUGUUGUUUCACCUCUACUUGAUUUGUCGUCUUUUCCUGAUGACCGAGUGAUUCAGCGUCGAAUCAAUCUGCUUGAGCUUGUGAGCGUUGAGAUUUACGACGUCCCAGGCAUAAGCUCUAUGAAUGUUGUGGUGAGGAACAUCCUGGAUGGUGGCGUGAACUGUUCGAGAAGGAUUGAUCGGCAUGGAAAGACCCUGUCAGAUCUCAUAUUAUGCCAAGAAGUUGUCUUACCCCCAUGAUUGAGUGCCCCACCUGAUAUAGACUCGUGUGAAGACUUUUAGACCUUGUGAAAUAAACUUAGAAUACUAGUGGCACAGGUGAGGCCGAUCAAUGCAGUUGUUUUACUUAUUCGUGUAUUGAUUUGAUGACAUGCGAUAAAUCAACUCAUAAACUAAAGUUUGACCUAGCUUCUCUAAUCAAUAUUCAGCUGGAUCUCAGCAGCUUGGUUGAACCUUUUA